AUGGCAUUGAGGCGUCUAGCAACCCUGUUUUCGGUCGCCUACACCGCCAGUGCGCAGUCUACUGCACCCAGUGCCUGCUCGAGCACUAUUGCUCCACAGAAUGCGGCUCCCUCAGUGGCGCCAGGAUUCCGUGUCGAGGUCGUCGCUAACAAUCUGCGCCGCCCCCGGAGUAUCCACUUUGAUUCGGAAGGUGGUUUGUUGGUGGUAGAGCAAAGCCAAGGAAUCAAGAGAAUCAGAUUGACUGGCGAUGGGAGUUGUGUCCGGCAAGACGGCGAGGCUCAGAACGUGACUGUCAACACGAAUCUGAACCAUGGCCUCGCUCUUUCCGAAGACGGCCAAACGCUCUACGCAUCGUCGCGAAGUGCUGUCUUCGCAUGGGACUAUGAUGCCGCUCAAGGCCAAACGACAUCUGAUUCUCGCGAAGUCAUAGGUGACUUUGGACCUACAGAUGGUCACGUGUCGCGCACACUUAUGAUGAGCCAAAAAGUCCCUGGCAUGCUGCUGGUUAGUAGAGGUAGUGGACCCAACGUUGAUCUUCGUGCUCUUGACAAGUCCACGGCAAUCUCCACAAUCAAAGCUUUCAACGUUACCAACGCCACCUCGGAAAGCUACAGCUACAUCAACGACGGCCUGCUGCUUGGAUGGGGCCUCAGAAACAGCGUUGGUGUUGGCGAGGAGCCAGUGAACGGCGGCAUUUAUUCAGUCGAGAACAGCGUCGACAAUUUCCAGCGAGGUGAUGUACUAAUCAACGAAAACAAUCCUGGAGAAGAGAUGAACUUCCAUGGGUAUCUUAAUGGAACCCAGUACGCGCUGCAAGGUAGUAACUACGGCUACCCAACGUGCUACGCAGCUUGGAAUGUAUCUGAGAUUCCAGAUAACGAAGGUAUCAGUGUCGGUUCACAAUUUGCCAUUGGCAAUCAGAAUGAAACCGUCAAUGACGAGAACUGUCGGGGCGAGCACACCGCUCCGGCGGUGACCUUCCAGGCUCACAUGGCUCCUCUCGACAUCAAGUUCAACACUAAUGGUACUGGUGCGUGGGUAACAUUCCACGGAUCAUGGAAUCGCGAGAACCCCAUCGGCUACAAAGUCAGCUUUAUUGAGUUCGACGGCAAUGGUUCGCCGACUGCAGGACCAAAUAGCACUACUGCAGCAAUUGACAUCGUCUCCAACCCGGAUCUGUCGCAGUGCGCCAGCAACUGUUUCCGCCCUGCAGGUUUGGCUUGGGAUAGUCAAGGACGCUUGUUCUUCACCAGCGAUGCGACUGGAGAAAUAUAUGUCAUCACCAGAGAAGAUGGUAGUGGUGUCAACAGCGUCGGCCAGCUGCGUCAGUAA